UGACAUUUUGCGAGAAUAUGGAAAAACAAGGAAGAAACGCCUCCAAUCUUCUACUAUAACUUGUUUUGUCAGCUUAUUUAGACUUAAACAACAUUAUUUAAGUCACUCAAAUAUAGAAAAAACCUCUGAAGCCAGUCAUCAACAAUCACAAGAUGACGAUCGUCUACAGUUGUAUCGCAAGGGGAGCAGUCAUUCUGUGUAGCCACCAGAUAGGAUCAGGGAGUUUUGAAUCUGUUGCAAGUGAUAUGUUGAGAAACAUUCCUACAAGGUCUGAUACAAAGACAACAUACACUUCAGACAACUAUCUGUUCCACUGCAUCAUAGAGAAUGGACUCAUAUACAUGUGUGCUGCUGACCCAAAUUUUGGCAAGAGGCAGCCAUAUGGUUACUUGACAGAGAUCAAGCGUAGGUUCCAGGGUGGAAGUUUAGGAGAAAGAGCUCAGUUUGCACUGGAGAAUGAGCUGAACAGAGACUUUGCUCAAGUCAUGGCAUCUAACAUGGAGAAAUUCUCCAAUGCAUCAGGAGGGGGUGAUGCUGUGUCAACACUGCAGAAGCAGGUAGAUGAUGUGAAGGGAGUCAUGACACAGAAUAUAGAGAAGGUUCUAGACAGAGGAGAAAGACUGGAUGAUCUAUUGGAUAAAACAACAGACUUGGAAGCCAAUUCUGCCACGUUCCGUAAAACAGCACGACGCGUUCACAGGAAGAUGUGGUGCGCUAACAUGAAGAUGAAUAUCUGCAUUGCUGUUAUCGCCAUUAUUGUGAUCCUCGUAAUAACUCUUAUCAUUCUCUUCUCCACACAUACUAUAGAGGAUACUUCCUAUUAUACCGUGAUUGUCAUGGUUCUUAUUCUUAUUUAUGGUAAUUUGGAUCCAUGAAUACAGUGCAGUAUUAUACUAUGGUAUUGGGUGGACGUUGUUGUUGUUUAUUAUGAGCUACCAUACACAAAAAGACAGUUCUGAGGCAUCUAUAUAUUUAUUAUGUGUCAUUUCACUAUAACAGAAUGAUGGAUGAUCUAGCUAUCCAUUUUAAAAAAUCAGAUUAUCAAGAAAUUUCUGUUGCAUUCUUUUGUUCUUUUAAGAAAUGUGAAUUGAAGUGCAUAUUGGAGCAGACACAUUUGCAAAAAGCUCAUGUAGUCAACAGUUCAUGGAAGUAAAUUGUAAAAUAAUUACUAUUUUUUGAAAAUUUAUAUAACAUAUUAGGUAGUGAGUUUUUAUCAAAAGGUGUAUAAUAUUUAUGUUUACUGAAAUCUAUAUAUUUUUAAUGUAUCCAAGAAUGUUUAGUACUAUGUACAUUAUAAAUUGGACUUCCAUGGUAGUCAUUUAAAUAUGUAGAAUUUCACUC